UCCAUUAAUGGCCUUCUACGUCUAUUUCUUCUUCAUCAAUCGUAACUAUCCACCUCCUCCUCCUCCUACUACUACUACAUGGAAUUUCAACCAUCCACCUCGUCCUCCAUGGAAGAGUCACAACCAUGCCGCGUCUUCGAAUUUCAUGAGAUUCUUUCAGCAACUGAUGACUUUGAUGAAUCCUUAGUAAUUGGGCAUGGGGGAUUUGGAAAAGUUUACAAGGGUAAUGUUUUCAAAGGAUCAAGUCAUGUUGUUGCUGCCAUUAAACGGUUGGAUUCCCUGUCCAGCCAAGGGGAAGCAGAGUUUUGGGCAGAAAUUGAAAUGCUUUUCAAAUUCCGUCACUGUAAUCUUGUUUCUUUGUUUGGUUAUUGUAAUCAUGAAAAGGAGAUGAUCCUCGUAUACGAGUAUAUGCCAAAGGGAACCCUCGAAGACCACCUCCAUAAACUCGGUACCCCUCUUUCAUGGCUUCAGCGACUCAAGAUCUGUAUAGGUGCUGGUCGUGGUUUAGACUACCUUCACACAGGUACUGGGAUUGAAUUGGGUGUUAUACAUCGUGAUAUCAAGAGCUCAAAUAUCUUAUUACAUGAAAGCUGGGCAGCUAAAAUUUCGGAUUUCGGGUUGUCGAGGAUAGGCCCAACAAAUCAGCCAUCCACUUAUGUCAACACACUUGUUAAAGGCACCUUUGGGUAUUUCGAUCCAAAUUAUUUCAUAACUGGAAAGCUGACCAGGAAGUCUGAUGUGUAUGCUUUUGGGGUGGUGUUGUUGGAAGUGUUGUGUCGGAAACGUGCAGUGGAUAAGAGCCUUGAUGAGGGUUUAGUGACAUGGGCUCGAGAUUCUAUCAAAGAUGGCAAUUUAAAGACUAUAAUUGAUCCUGAUAUAAGGGGUCAAAUAUCAGCGAAAUGUCUGAAGGAGUUUGUCCGAAUUGUAGAGAGAUGUUUGCUAAGCAGUCCAAAGCAACGACCAACGAUGGCUGAAGUAAUAGUCAGUCUUGAUUCUGUACUAACUUUACAAGAAAAAGCUAAUGGUUCCUUGCAGGCUGCUGGCAAAACAAUGUUUGGAAGAAUGCGUGAUAUGUUUCUCUUCCCCACCAACGGAGACAACUCUGGUAUUUCAAGCUCUUUGUAUACAUCCCCCCUUGAUUUAAAGCUAUCAAGCAAGGGCAACAGUGGAAAUGCUGAUGAUGAUAUUGUAGUGGCUGACAACAGUAGAAAUACAAGUUUGAAAGUAGUUAAGUUUGCCGAUUUAGAAAGGGCUACAAGAGACUUUAGUUUUUGCUUAUAUAUGGAUGGUCUUGGAAAGGUGUUUUUAGGUUGGCUUGACGAAGACACAUUCGUCCCUUCAACAGAGGGUGUUGGAGUUGCUGUUGCUGUUAAAAGAUACAAUAAUCUACAAUAUUGGCAGACAGAGGUGAGCAUCUUAGGACGGUUGAGUCAUCGAAAUAUUAUUAGUCUCUUGGGAUACUGUGAUGAUAAGGACCACAAAUUCUUGCUUGUUUAUAAGUACAUGCAGAACCGAAAUCUUGGCGACUUCUUAUUCACAGAUGCACGAGAUGUUGCCGAACCACUUUCCUGGGAAACACGACUUAAAAUAAUGAUAGGAAUAGCACGUGCACUCACUUAUAUGCAUUCUUCAGAAAAUCAAGUCAUCCACCGUGAUGUUAAAACAUCUAAGAUAUUGUUGGAUAAGGAUUUUAAUGGAAAACUAGGGGGUUUUGAUUUGGCAAAAUUUGGACCAGCAACCAGGGAGAUUGAUGUUACUACACGUAUAGUGGGUACAAUUGGUUAUACGGACCCCAAGUAUGUAAGCACUGGUCAUGUGAGUGCAAAGAGUGACAUCUAUAGUUUUGGGGUGGUGUUGCUGGAAACCCUAACAGGCCAACGAGCAUCAAGAAAGAACCCACCUUUUGACAUCGGUUUGGUAGAAUGGGCAAGUAUAGUCCUAGCAGACAGAAGCGAGCUAAAGAAGAGAAAUAUCCGGCAACAGUGGCGCUUGGAUCGGCGUCAACGGCGACCGGAGCGGAAACGACAUCGUGAAUGGCGGCAACAGCAAGGACGAACCCAACAGCAGCAGCAUAGCAGUCGGAAGGACACCGGAAUAGCCAAAAGCGGCAGCGAACGGCAGGAGAGGCAGACACAUCAGACCUGUGGCGUUCGACGGCGGAAGAAUCCCCAAAGAGGCGGUGGUAGCGGCGAUUUUUGCGAUAACAACCACCACCUCACAGUGGUGGCGACGGAGAAUGGUGGCGGAACAGGAGAAGACGUGAUAGGUUGGCGGCCUCCAUCGGGAAGGAUAAUAGCGACGCCAAAAUUGACCUCAUGUCGAUCCCUCGCUGCCAUGCCGUCUAGGGGAGGAUUCCGACUUCAAUGUGAUAGCAUAGCGGCGGCUCGGUGGUCGGACACGCCAAGAAGGGUGACGGCCGGCAAUGGAGGAAAGGAGAGUGGCGGUUGUUGCAUAACAUUAGGUUUAGGGUUUCUUUUCUCCAUGCGAUGA